GGUGAGGCGCCUGUGGUGUUUCCCGGCACUCCGGCAACCGCUGUCAUGGUUGAGGCGUUCUGCGCGACGUGGAAGCUGGCGGACAGCCACAAUUUUGACGAGUACAUGAAGGCGCUGGGAGUGGGGUUUGCGAUGCGGCAGGUGGGGAACGUGACUAAGCCCACGGUGAUCAUCAGCAGCGAGGGGGACAAAGUCGUGAUCAGGACUCAGAGCACUUUCAAAAACACAGAAAUCAGCUUUAAACUGGGCGAGGAAUUUGAUGAAACUACCCCCGACGACAGAAACUGCAAAUCAGUUGUGACCCUGGAUGGAGACAAGCUAGUGCAUGUACAGAAAUGGGAUGGCAAAGAGACAAACUUUGUAAGAGAAAUAAAGGAUGGCAGAAUGGUAAUGGUAUCUGUAACACAGAACCAGGGUGAAGCUAGUGGACACUUCUCAGAUCAUUACUUUUUGUUUGGCAUCUUGCUGGAAAAUUGCUGAUGGCUCUGUGGCUCCAGGCAGGCCAGUCUGUGGGUUCUCGAAGUGCAUCCCUUCUAGAGUUCAUGGAAAUGCCCAAAUGAAUAUAUAUUGCAAAUCACAAUUUUAAGACAUGCAUUUACACGUAACAUAAUUUCUUUUGAGUUGCGAAAUAUAAUAAUCAAUAAUUUAAUAUGUAGACAAUGCUUUGUUCAGAUUUCUUUAAUAGCUUAUUCCAUAUAUGCACAUGUAAAUAAUAGAGAAUUACACAGAACAAGUAUUUCUCCAGGAGAAUAAAACUUCAGUGCUACAGGAGGUAAUAGCUUUUCCUAUUUCAUACAAAAGGACUUAUUCUCCCUUUCUUGUUUAAAAAUGCUUAAAAUAGCAUUUGUACAAAAAUAAAAAAAAGUAAUUUUUGUUUUAAGUUUGUUCUCUUGCCUAAUUUUCAGGAGUAGGAGUAUGGGGUGAAUAAGUGGCGUAAGUUACUCUAAUGUCCAGGCUGGUUUUCAUGGCUAUGUUUGGUAUACAGAUGUAUCUUGCAGGGGGGGGAAAAAAAAACAAACCACACACAAAAAAAAACCAGAAAAAACUUCAACCACAGUAAUGUGUGUAAAUUGGCUGUUGUAUGAAAACAGUUUGCUUUGUUUUCUAAAUACUUCAGAGAACACUCUUGUGGAUGGAGAAUUCCAAACAACAAAAACUUCUUAUGGUCAGUGCAACACAAUGUGACAGUGAUUCAAGGAAAACUAUGUGCUUUGUUUUUUGGGAACAUCUACAUGCAUAUGCAGGAAAGCAUUUUCUUCAGAAUUUGAAUGCAGUUGGAGGCAGUAUUCCACUUAGUGAAAUACUCAAGCUUACAUUCUGCAGUCAGUGUUGUACACUACUGUAGAAACCAGAAUACUUGGUAGUUUUAGCCACAUGAGUGUAUAGGGUGCAUUUAUCUUAGUAUGAGAUUCUUCUUAAGUGUAUGCUUAUGUAGAAUAACAUAGAACAUGAAAAUAGAGAAGUUAGCUUUAAAAUUCUACGUUUUGCAAGUAGAUCAGCAUUGGCAAAAUAAGUAUUAAAUCUUUUUCAAACCAAAGCUGUGUUUGAGAAAUUGUAUUCACAAAAUUAGAAAGUCAUUUAUGUCCUUACCUUGGUUGUAUUGCAAAAGCGCAUUACGAGCUUCUUAGAUUUGAAAGCAAGGAGAAAGUUGGAUUUAUUAUGGCACCUACAACUCUGAGAUUUCUCUUGUUACUUACUUAAAAUAUCAGUAAUCUCGGCAACUUGUUUAUUAUGCUAUGUAGCUUAUAGAGGAAUCUUGUUCUUGUACAGAGUUCUUAAUGUGUUAGCCGUUACAGAAAAUGGUUGAGCAUCUAAUACUUCUCUUUUCC